CCUCAACAAGCUAGCCUUGUACCAGUACAUAAAUACUGAUAAUACACGAACAACUGCUCCACGAUCUAAAUAUCCAAAUCCACAGACGACCAUCAUGGCCGACAAUAUUCUCAAGACUCCCUUUGGGGACUUCGUGGGCAAUGAUGGUGAAGGGUUGGUACAAUACCUAGGUAUUCAAUAUGCGCGGUUACAGGACCGUUUGGCCAAACCAGAAAUGGUCGAUCGCUACGACGAUAGAGUCGACGCAACUAAGAUAGGCCCGAGAGUGAUCUCUUUAGAAGCAUGCCAAUUCGAACAAUCCAGCCUCAUACAACAGACAUUGGAUACACCACCUGCGCCGCCCAUGUCGGAUCUAGAUUGUCUAAACUUGAACAUCACGACUCCUACUAGGAACUCAGAAGAACUUCUACCGGUCAUGGUUUUCGUGCAUGGUGGAGGCUACAUAAUGGGGGCAAAUUGGUGGCCCCAGUAUGAUUGUACCAACUUGGUGAAGCUUUCGAUACAGCAAGGGACGCCCGUGGUCGCAAUCAACUUCAAUUAUCGACUCGCGGUUGCAGGCAAUCUAACUUCCGAGGAGCUUAGAAGGGCUGGUUAUCCUGGCAAUAAUAGUUUACGGGAUCAGCGGUGCGCUUUGAACUGGAUCAAGACUCAUAUUACGGCAUUCGGAGGCGAUUCCGACAAUAUAACACUCUUUGGAGAGAGUGCAGGCGCCGUCUCCGUACUCACUCACCUUUUCUCAAAAGACGCUCUUUUCAACCGAGCUAUUUCUAUGUCGGGGACACCUCUGAUGCUCAAGCCAUUAUCCCCUUCAACUGCAGAACAGACAUACAAUCAGAUCAUGCAACAUCUCGGGCUCGAAAAUUCAACUGCAGAAGAAAGGAUCCAUCGACUGCUCACCAUGAAUCCGGAUGAACUUGUGCAAAAGACACCUAUGACCGUUCCGCUUACCCCUUAUCAGGAUGGAGACAUAAUCCCUUGCACCAUGACAUUCGGCCAAGUAGAGGAAAUGAUAGAUUCACUUCCUGGUUCAACGUGGUGCAAAGAACUAUUGAUCGGACACUGCAAGCACGAUGGCAAUGUUUUUGCAUACAUGGGCCUUGCCGAGCGUAGGAGUGGAAUAGCAGCAGCUUUCUGCAAGUCUUUUUCAAACAGCCUAGGGGAAUCAGCAGCAAGGGCCAUUUUCGAAGGAUAUGGUCUCAGCCCCUCGACAUCUGAUGAGGUGGCAUGGACAAUUGUAGUGCUGUUUGCAAGUGACAUUGCAUACAAAUUACCAGCAAUCACAUUUGCACAAUCAUUUCCAGGGAAGGCGUACUUGUAUCGAUUCGAGGAGCCAAAUCCCUGGGAUGGCUUGUUUAAAGGGUACUCUACACAUAUGCUCGAUGCAGCUUUCCUAUUCCAGAACUUCAACGAUCAACUUGCCCAUGGCGCACGAGACACGGCUUUCGCUCUGGCAAAGGAUUUCGUGGCCUUCGCGCAUGGAGCCGGGCCUUGGCCAUCAACCUCUGACUCCCUGGAACCGGGCAAAGUGUACGGCCAAAGUGGAGAGGAUGGACAGGAAGACAUACUAUUACGUUUGCAAAGGGAGGGUAGGAUAUCUCUUGAUGAUGUCAAUGCCGCAUGGGAAAAGUUUCUUACCAACAAAGACUGCUUAUAAAGUUGUCAGCAGGAAGUAGCUGGUAAUAUUACCAUCCAAGGCAGCAAAUGGGGUGGUUGGAAAUAGGUAGAUCACGU